AUGUCUCAAUCUGACAACUCUCCUGUUAACACCACCGUGAAUGCAACCUCUGAAACCGUAACACCGAAUUCUGAAGCUCUUCUCAAUGUCAAUAUGACAAAUGUUACACGGCUCACCUCUACCAACUACAUCAUGUGGAGUCGUCAAGUCUAUGCUCUUAUUGAUGGGUAUGGUCUUGCUUCUUACCUUGAAGGAUCUAAGGCAUUGCAUGCCGACACUAUCAUGAUUGAUGGCACCAGCUCCCCCAAUCCUGCGUACAUCAAUUGUCUCCGUCAAGACAAGCUUCUCUAUAGUGCACUCCUCGGUGCUAUCUCCAUCUCCAUCGUGCCGAUCAUCUCUCGUGCUCACACCACUGAUGAGAUCUGGACCACCCUUGCCUCCACCUAUGCCAAACCAAGUCGUGGUCACAUCCGUCAAAUCAAGAUCCAACACAAGAACUGGAAGAAGGAUACCAAAACGAUCGAUGCGUAUCUUCAAGGCCUUACCACCCGUUUUGAUGAACUGGCGCUUUUGAGUAAGCCUCUUGAUCACGAAGACCAAGUGGAACUUAUCCUUGAAGGUCUUCCGGAAGAGUACAAGACCAUCAUCGACCAAGUCGAAGGUCAUGAUACACCACCGAAUCUCACUGAACUCCAUGAGAAACUCAUCAACCAUGAGUCCAAAUUGCUGACAACACAACCUCUCAUGACUACACCAAUCAGCACCCACAUUGCUCUGCCUCAACGUACCAACACCAAUCCUCGCUCACAGCAUCGGUUCACUCCACGCAACAACAACUGGACUCCCUCGUCUCGUCAUCCCAAUGACUUCAGAGAACCCCGUCCGUAUCUCGGUUGUAACGCCCCCAAACCUUCCUAUGGUCGGACUAACCACAGACCGGCCCGGUGGUCAUCACAAUCAGACAAUUGCCCGCGAUCCGGCCGAGGUUCCACAAACGAAUUAGGUUCCCCAGCCAGUCAGUCCACUGGCAUUCGUCUAUCCCCUACGUGCAUUCCUUAG